CUUAAUCCCACCCCCUAUAAAAGGAACCAUCGUUUCUUGAAUCAAUGUUAAACCUAGCUUCUUCAAUUUUCAUUUGUCAAAAUCUAUUUUCUUUAUUUUACCAAUUACCAUAUGGAGCUGGUUCCAAAUCUCCCCAACGAUAUUGCCAGAGAAUGUUUAAUCCGAGUCAGGUACGACCAAUUCGCCACACUUUUGUCAACUUGCAAAGGGUGGAAGACUGAGAUUGAGCUGCCGCAGUUUUUUCACCUUAGGAAGGCUACUUGCCAUGGCCAAAAACUUGUUGUCAUGGCUCAAGCUCGGGUUGACCCUGAUAUGAAACAGGGUGUUCAAAAAGGCUGCUCUGUUAAACCAGUCUAUGGGCUAUCUGUUUGGGAGCUGGAUGAGGGCAAUUGGGUUGAACUUGAUUUGCCUCAGCUUCCUCAUGGGCUGCCUUAUUUUUGCCAGCUGCUUGCUGUCGGGUAUCAUCUAGUUCUAAUGGGUGGGUUGGACCCGGUGACUUGGGAGGCUUCCGCUUCUGUCUUUGUCUUCAAUUUAUUGAAUGCCAAGUGGCGGCGGGGGGCUGACAUGCCAGGUAUUCGGCGGUCAAUGUUCGGAUGCGCUUCCGGUGAUGAUCGGAUGGUGUAUGUUGCUGGCGGACAUGAUGAUGAGAAGAAUGCUUUGAAGUCAGCAUUGGCAUAUGAUGUGGCGAAGGGUGAGUGGAUUCCAUUGCCUGACAUGGCAAAAGAGCGAGACGAGUGUAAGGGAGUUUUCCACCGUGGCAAGUUCCACGUGGUCGGAGGUUAUUGCACCGACAUGCAAGGUCAAUUUGAGAAAAGUGCUGAGGUGUUCGACAUUGCCACCUGGCGGUGGGAUCAUGUGCAAGAUGACUUUUUAAAAGCCAGCACCAAUCCAAGCACUUGCAUAGGUGGCGAUGACGUGGAUAUCUGCAUGAUUUGUGAAGGUGAUGUGGUGGCAUUUAAAGAUGCCAAAUGGCAAGUAAUAGCCAAGCUACCUGGUGACCUGUGCAAGGUUGCUUACAUGGCAACAUGGCAGGACAAGUUGCUAGCGAUUGGUUCUUCAAGAUUCGAUGAGCCCCACAAUGCUUACGUGUUGAAUUUGAAGAAAUCAGAGUGGACAAAAUUAGAGACCCCUGAGAAAUACUCCGGUCACGUUCAAUCAGGAUGUUACUUGGAGAUUUGAG